CAUUUCCUCUCAUUUCCUCUAGGUCAUCAAGUAGGCCGUUUCUCUGUCGGCCGUAUCAACCUGGUCUCGAGGAAUCUUUGAUGAUAACGGGUCAUCAUCAACUUUCAAGUUCAUCUCGUUGAAAUUGAACUUAUUUUAACCUCACCAAGUUAUCCAGUCUCGGUAUCGCCGGCGGGACCCUAUUUGCACUGCUACUACGGCAGACAGCUGUGUAUUCGGGAGCUGGGCGUCAUUUUGUUGCUAUGCAAAUGAAUAUCAGGAACAGAUGAACAGACGAAUCCCCCGGGUAGUACUGCGAAACGCCCGACUCCAGCCGUAGAUAAAUAUCAAGGCAUACGUCUUCAACGCGGUCAAACACGUUCCCGCUGCAGCAAGAGAUUUUGAUUUUUCGAUAUCAAGUGCAACGGUAACAACAAACAAUCGAGGUUCUCGCCACGAUUCUCACUCACCUCCAAGGCUAUUGUUCGAUUCGGAGCUCCAUCUUGUUAAACCCACAGAAUGUCGACCUUGGAUAUCGUAUUCAAUCAUCGGGUGGAGACCUUAUGGAAAUGGUCGACAGGAAACUCACGCUUCACCAUUGCAGACGACAACCAACAUUACAUAGCACGCAUUCUAAAACAUGAUAUCAAUAACACUUCACGCUCCAACGGAAUAACGUUAUCGACUGCAUACCUCACCCCGCGAAUGGAAUGUCAAUUAUCAUCCACGCCCUUGCCUGUCGUUCUCAAGAUAGCAACCGGGUCAGAACACAUAAGUCUUCUUCAGCGAGAAGCAAGCUUCUACGAAGACGAACUUCAUCACUUGCAGGGGUGUGUUGUGCCCAAAUAUUAUGGGCUUUAUCGUGGAAAACUAGGUUCGAGUUCUCCGCGUUCGCAUCGAUUGGAUUGUAGAGAUGCUGCCAGUGCAUGUAUGAUCCUCGAGUAUUGUUCCGGUCAUGGGAGCUUCCCGCUGUCAUCCGGUGAUUUCAGGCGGCGUGCGUUAAUUGCAACGCAAAGGCUUCAUCAAGCUGGCGUUGUUCACGGAGACCUGCUGAACAACCGUCACAUACUCGACCUGGGGUAUAACGGUGAUAAGGGUGGAGUGCGCAUCGUGGACUUCUCUAUGGCUCGUCGGCAUCAUCGUUGCCCACAAGGCAUCGGAGGAUGUCAAGAGCUUAUUCUCAUUGGGAGUUAGAAUUGGUGAGGAUAUCACCGUGUUGUGCGCGUGGAAGGACCAAAGAAGAAACACCAACAGAAAAAUUAAAUUGUAUCUAAUGUACUAGUACUUACAAGCAUCAACUGUACAAGCUUAUAAU